CCUGGCCCAGUUUCUCGUUGGACCGCUGUUCUUUACAUUUGUAUAACUGCGCUCAUUUCUAUUUCUAUUUCUAUUUCAUUAUUCCAACAGGUGGAGGGGUCACCCAGUCCGCAAUGCCACCGACGUUCCGGUCCUCGCGUUCUGGCCGUCAAUUCGGCGAGGGCGCCAACCGCACCAGAACCGGCCAGAUCGACCACGACGUCUUCGAAGGCCUCCCCAUCCGACGAUGGACGCGCCAAUCCCAAACCGUCUCCCAAGUCCCCAAAAGCGAAGGCUCCGAAUCACUACUACAGGGCAUUGAAGGGAAACAAUCCCUGCCGGAACACCCCAUGCCGAGGGACAGCCAUCUUUUGACUCCAAUGAGUCGGGCCCUCCUCCGUGCGGCUCGCGCUGGCUGUGUGUAUAUUCGCCAGGCCCCCAAGGAUGAGGAGGAUGAAGAGAAGGAAGUGGUGGAAUUGGAAGAUCAGCCAACGCUGUCUACAAUGGAGCGCAGCUUUGUGGCUCGCAAAUGGGCUGCCGUUCCGAAACAUCUGGAGUCGUCGGAGGUGGAGUUCCUUGCCAAGCGACGGCCGGGCUUGCCGUCCUUGUACGGUGCCGCUACGUCUUCUACGGACGGAAGCAAUAACCCUCCCGUGCCUAUGAGAAGGACGAGAUUCAAGAAGGUUGAUCCGACGUCGGGGAACAUCUCGGUCUACGAGGCCUGGGUGCCGGAAGGCCAUAGAAUCGAAGGGGAGAUCACCGAUGACACACAAUUAGUACCCGAGAAAAGUGAAGCGACAGUGACGCCUGAGGUACCCGCACCGGGAACUGUCAUUGACGGCGUCGGGGUAGUCAACGGUGAAGGGGUGGUGGUCGCGGAGGCCGGCUCGGUAUCCGUGAUGACACCUCCGAAGAGACGGCCGCCUCCGCCCAAGCGCAAGGCGAAGGGUUUCGGAAAGGGUCGAAGAAAGAAGGUCAUGUUCGCCCCUGGGGAUGGAGCCGACGCUUCGACAGUGCACGGCGGAGAGGGGGCCGGUGCAGAUACUGGUGAAGCUGGUUACACCAAAGAGGGAAGUGCUGAUACCCCGCGCAUGUCGAUGGACCAGAAUGGUCAAGACGACGAGGAGGAAGAGGGCGAUGAGGGCGAUGAAAGUGACGAGGGCGACGAGUCGCUGGUCGAACCGAAGACCCCAGAGACUCCCCUUCCGCAACCCAACGCUGAACCGACGACGGCCUCGGCGCCUCCGCCGGCUGAGCCAGCUUCUGUUUCUGCUCCAGGAUUGGAACCAACGCCGGAGAUGAAGCCGGAACCUGCAGCUGAGCCGUCUACUGUUUCAGAUGCGCCUCCGCAAGCCCCCGCACCCUUUACCAAUGCCCCAACUCAUGAGCUGCCUCCGGCCGAGAAACCUCUCACUUCCGAUGCGCCGGCUUCCGCAUCCCCGGAGAAGGCGGCGCAAGAAGCUCAGAUUUCGGAAGAUGUUGAAAUGACCGACGAGAAGCCUGAGCCGCCAGCCACCCUAGAGACCCCGGCACCGAUCGCGCAAGCCGCCCCCGAAACACAACCAUCGCCAACUGCGGCAACAAAUGAUAAGUCAACUCCCCAGGAGGAGACUGCUUCCCUGAAACCUGAAGAGCUUCAUGUCACUGCGGAGAAUCAGCCGUCGCCAGCUGUGAAGGAAGAGAAAACCGCUAGCGAAGAGCCCGCUUCGAGUGGACCAAAUGAAACGGCUUCCCAGCCACAGCAAGAUGACUACAUGGCCAUGGAUACUACAGCCGAUGGGCCGCAGACGCCACCGCAGGAGGAACAGCCUAAGCCAGAGCCCUCUUCUGAGCUGCCUGACAUCUCUCAGCAUGGGGUCGCGGAGCAGGGGGAGAAUAAGCAGGAUGACAUCUUUGGAAGCCUGGAGGCAAGCCUGGAGGACAGCAGUGCAGGAAAAGCGGAUGAGCCGACUGUUGCACAACUAGAAGAGCAAAAGGGCCCGGAACCUGAGGUUUCAGCUGCACCAGCAAUUUCCGAGCCAGUCAAGGACGAGGCCAGCAAAGAGAGCGGCGGAGAAUCCGGCAGCCAUCCAACCGAUGACAACGCCCCGCUACCUACAAGAGAACAGCCCAAAGAUACAGCCAACGAACCAACCACAGACCAAGCUAUGGAAGAGGCUCCUGCAUUCCAACCAGACGAACAAACGCCUGUCGAGCAUCCGACGGAGACUCCCUCGCACGAAAUUUCACAGCCUCCAGCAGAGCAAACUCCUGCCGAAGCAACCCCUCCUGAGCCGGCCGCCGUUGAACCCACCCCGGAACCUCCCGUCGAAAAAGCAGAAGAGCCAUCUUCCGAAAACGGGAAGGAAUCAGAACCCCCGACUUCGGCCCCGACUUCAGCUCCAGCUCCAGCUCCAGCCCCAACCUCAGAAGAGGAAAAGCCACAGGAAGCCACCGACGCGCCAGGAACUGCAGCGCCAGAAAACGCAGCGCCAUCAACGGAGGCUCCGGCUCCAGAACCUGCCUCAGAGGCAGCAGCAGCAGCAGACACACUCCCGGCAACCUCCAACGAGGAACCAAAGGAGCCAUCUCCCAAGCCCGAGCAGCCAGCCGAUCACCCCCAGGAACAGCCAGAAGAAGAAACUGCUCCCCAACCCACCCCUAGUGCAGAAGAACAAGCGCUCGCCCCAGCGCCAGCACCAGAACCGCAACCAGAGGAGAGCGAGAGCCAGAACCAGCCCGAGAAGCAGAACCAGCCAGGCGAGACGACACAAGCCGACGCACAGCCGUCGAGCGAUCCCACCCCGCCCCCAGCUGAUCCUACGCCCGUCUCUGAACCUGAACCGGCAGGAGAACCAGACUUGCAGACAAAAGUAGACGAGCCAAGUGAUGCACCCGCGCCGGAAACUUCCACUCCCGCUGCUCCUGCCGCUGCACCGGAACCCGAACCCGCUCCUACCACUGAACCCGCGCCCCAACCCACAAUUCCAAUCCCCGAACCGCCCACCUCUACCCCAUCGGAAACCGAAAAGAGAAAAGAAAGUUCAAGAGGGUGAAGAAAAAGAAGAUUCGAAAGUCUCGGAACCGACCCCUCCGGCGCCUGAGACUGAGACUGGGACCGAUGCGGCUUAAGCUGGCCUUGCAUUUUUAAUAUUACCCUAGCUUUCUCUCUCUCUCUCUCACACACACACACACACACACACACACUCAAUUUCAUAACGUGUUGUACUCAUCUAAGAGUGUGUUCUUUCUUCUUUCUUUGUACGGCGUUCAAAUCAGGGUUUCAGAGUGGAGCUGGAGUUGGAGUUGGAGUCUGGGUGAAAUUCAAGAUCUGUUUGUCAGCUACUUAGAUAGUUAGCUAGCUCUGUCCUUGUUGGUUACUUUAC